GGUGCCAAACCAGUAAAAUCCCACGAGAUCCUGGUACUCCUGUUACGUCUGCGGCAAGUUUGCUGCCACUGUGGACUCAUAGCGGCCAUGCUCGACGAGGAGGGCGCCGGCGAGGUGGAGGAGGACCCUGCAGGGAAGGACCUCCUCGCCGAACUGAACAAGCUAUCACUCGAGGACUCCGCCAAGAAGAGAAGGAGUGGUCAAAAUCACGAGCCUGAGGAAGAGGAGGGACCUGAGGAGGGCACCACGGCAGCCGAGGCGAUCAGAUCCGUGCUGUCGCCAAACAACCCGGUGUUCGAGCUGGACAAGCCCUCGUCCAAGAUACAGGCUGUCAUGCAGUGCCUUAAUGAGAACGUGUUUGUUAACAAAGGUCACAAGGCGGUGGUGGUGUCGCAGUGGACGUCGGUGCUGCGGCUGGUGGAGCGCGAGCUGGUGCGCGUGCGCGUGCGGUGCGUGACGCUGAGCGGCGCCGUGCCCGUGCCCGCGCCCCGCCGCUCAUCAACGCCAUCAACGAUCCCAACUCCGAUGUUAGGGUGAUGCUACUAUCCUUAUGCGCGGGCGGUGUCGGUUUGAAUCUGUGCGGGGCAAACCACCUGUUGUUACUGGACCCCCAUUGGAACCCACAGCUGGAGGAGCAGGCGCAGG